AUGGUCAAGGUCGGGGUAAGUGCGGGAGAAGUUCCCUGAAAGCACUAUUGAACACAAUCAAAGUAAGGUCAUUUUCAGAGAGAAGUCAUCAGUCUUCAUGUCGGACAAGCCGGAGUGCAGAUCGGAAAUGCAUGUUGGGAAUUGUUCUGCCUAGAACAUGGAAUCAGAGCUGAUGGGGAAUGUAUCGAUUAUGUGGACAAAAGUUUGAACACUUUUUUCCAAGAGAGCAGUAAUGGUAAGCAAAUUUUAUCAAUUUAAUUACCACUAUACCAUCUUAAUUUAGGUAAAUAUGUUCCCCGCACUGUUUUUGUAGAUCUGGAACCUACAGUAAUCGGUAAGAAAAGGUGAUUUCAUUGGAUACAGAUUUAGACGAAGUCAGAACAGGCGCUUAUAGACAGUUAUAUCAUCCAGCACAAUUGAUCACCGGAAAAGAAGAUGCCGCCAAUAAUUAUGCCAGAGGGCAUUACACUGUGGGGAGAGAAAUCAUCGAUAUUACGAUGGAUCGAAUUAGAAGUAAGGGCAAUUUAACAGUUCCAAUUGCAUUUUAGGAAGCUCGGAAGCAUGUUCUGGACUCCAAGGAUUCAUGGUUUAUCAUUCAUUUGGAGGGGGAACUGGCAGUGGAUUCACUGCGUUAUUAAUGGAGAGGCUGAGUACCGAGUUUGGGAAGAAAACAAAGCUCGAAUUCAGUAUCUAUCCAGGUAUCCAUCUCUCUUCUUGGUUAAUAUUUUCUAAUCUUGUUAGCUCCGCGUAUUUCAACAGCUGUAGUGGAGCCUUAUAACUCAAUUCUGACAACCCAUACAACCCUCGAACAUUCUGAUUGUUCUUUUAUGGUCGACAAUGAAGCCAUAUAUGAAAUCUGUCAAAAGAAUCUUAAUAUUAGCAGGUAAAGAUAUAUGUAAUGUUGUGUUUAUACUUUAAGGCCCACUUACACCAACUUGAAUCGUCUGAUUGCGCAAGUUGUGUCCUCGAUUACGGCAUCCCUAAGAUUCGAUGGUGCCUUAAACGUGGACCUCAGCGAGUUCCAAACAAAUCUGGUCCCCUAUCCGAGAAUCCAUUACCCUCUCGUAACUUACGCCCCGAUCUUGGCAGAGUAAGCUCCCUUUUUAUUAUCGACUAGUAUUUAGAGACCGAGCUUACCAUCAGCUCUUGAGUGUAUCCGAAGUCACAAAAAUGUGCUUCGAAAAGGAUAAUCAGAUGGUCAAAUGUGAUCCCCAGAAAGGGAAGUACAUGGCCUGCUGUCUGCUUUAUCGUGGAGACGUUGUCCCCAAAGACGUGAACUCGGCCAUCGCGGCCAUAAAACUUCAUUCUCCCGUCAAAUUCGUUGAAUGGUCGCCGACGGGCUUCAAAGUCGGAAUCAAUUAUCAGCCACCCACAGUUGUCCCGAAUGGAGAUCUGGCCAAGAUCCCCCGCUCUGUUUGUAUGUUGGCCAAUACCAGUGCCAUCGCUGAAGCCUGGGCGAGAUUGGACUAUAAGUUUGAUCUGAUGUAUGCAAAAAGGGCAUUUGUACAUUGGUGAGUAACGCAAGCAAAAGUAAGACUGAUUAAGGUACGUUGGAGAAGGAAUGGAAGAAGGGGAAUUCUCCGAAGCCCGCGAAGAUCUGGCCGCUUUGGAAAAAGAUUACGAAGAGAUCGCCUAUGAUGAAGAAGGGGACGGGGGAGAUGUCGAAUACUAG